AUCCUUCAGACUUGGUCCGAGAAGGUCCACGAGGAUAUCCUCAUCGCCUUCAAGGAAAACCUGAAGCUUGGUCCGGAUGAGUGGGCUAGAGUCAUGGCUCACCUGGGCCAGAUGGGAUACAAAUUCUCAGAGGGGGCUUUAAGCCUCUACACCAAGUGGGAUGGACCUGUCUACGAGGCUGUCCUCACGGCCUUCUCCAGUGUCCUGAAGCCUUCCUCGAAAGAGUACGGCCAGAUCAUGGGCCUUCUUCACGGCAUGGGCCACAAUAUCACGCAGGAGGCUUUGAGGUUCGCCGUCUACUUGGUCUUCUGCCCAAAUUCUUCUGUCUGA